AUGGCCUCAAACUGCAGCGUCGACGUGUGGAUGGGUGCUCCGACUCCAGGUAGCGAGUCUCCUAUCAGUAUUGAUGGUCUACCCUGGUCUCCGAAGACCGGAUCAACGCUGCACGAUAGUUUUGGCGAUAAUCAGACGCUCUUCGACGAUAUCUUCAACCAGUCCUUCCCGCAAGAAGCUCCAGUGUCGCCACAACGUUUCGCCAUGGAGCUACCUGGAUCACCUGCCUCCCCAAUCGACGUGAUCACCGAUUGCCCGGACCUACAGCAGCCCGUCGAGCAGAAGCCUUUCGCCACUCUCCCACCCCGACGCACCACCUCUCGCCAGGCGCCAUUGGCCGGGACAUCCCGUCAACGGAUGAAGAAGGGCCGACCCACCAAGGCCGUUGCCUCAAAUUCCAAGGCGCAGCUCGCCAAGAACUGGCGCAUGCGCAAGGAGGAGGAAGAACGCCAGAAGAGCCAGACCAUCCAGGACCAGGCUUCGCUCAUCGCGGAGCUCAAGAGGGAGAUUGACCAACUACGGUACCAUCAAAACCAGCCCCGCGUGUCGCCCUCUCAAGAAAGCGUCCUCAAGAUCGAAGAGGAGAACAACGCGCUUCGCCGAAAGAACCAGGCUUUGGUCGUACAGCUCGACAACCUCUACCAUCAAUUCAUGGAGCUCACCUCGCAACUUGAGUCUAGCGGCAUGCAA